AGCAAAUAUCACAGUAGUGUGUGAAAUGCGCCGCUGAAUGUCCUUUACAGCUCUUUGGAUGCGCAAUGUGCAUUAGUAGCUUUUGGAUGAUUCUAUGAUUUAUUGUGUUAGGUAUCUUUUUUAUCCAUAAAAAGGUUAGCAAUCUCUUGAAUACACGUUUCGACAGCUUUUAGUAGUCCAUCGGAGACCGUUGACUGAGUGAUCUGACAGCCAGGCCGGAUUCGAAGCCAGCAGUAGCUGUCAGUGCGCGAAUCAAAGUUCCUAGCUGGCUAACUAGCAUGUCCGGCUAGUGGGGUUGGUCAGCAAUCAGGACAGGUUUGCACGGAUCGAGAAACAUGGUGCCUUUGGAUAAGUGAAGAAGAGAGACAGGGCACCAAAACCAGUGUGGACAGGACUCCGGUACACUGGUUGCGGCUACAGUCUGAAGCUGGACCAGAGGGACCCACCCAGACUCAGAAGUGGCUGACCACAGCCUAAUUACGACCAGGCACUGUGCUGGCUGGCUGGUCUCAGAGCAGAACAGAGAAGGAAGCCCCUUAGGAGGUUGAUGUAAAGGGGUUGUUGGAAGCUCUGUGGGCAUUCUACUGAAAUGUCAAUCAGAAGAGCAGAAGGGAUGUCCAUCGCCCAGGCCUUGGCCAUGACUGUGGCCGAGAUCCCCGUGUUUCUCUACUCCACCUUUGGGCAGUCCAUAUUCUCUCAGCUGAAGCUUUCUCCCAGUCUAAAGAAGGUGCUGUUCGCCACAGCUCUGGGGAGCGUAGCCCUGGCUCUCACCGCCCACCACAUGAAGAGACGCGGCAGGAAACGGAAACAGGCAACAGCUGUGAAAGAUGAGCAGAAGCAGGUGGGAAUACCAGAGGCGUUGAUCCGGUCAGGGAGACCGUCAUCUCUGAGGAGAGGUGGUCCAUUUCCCGGGCGACAGAUGAUGAGCCCCAGCACACGGAGCAACGAAACCAUGAGCGGCAUCUCUUCACUGGCUCCCAGCAAACACUCAAGCUCCUCCCACAGCAUAGCCUCUAUGCGAGUCCCGACUUCUCCGAACCAGUCGGCCAAUCCGUCGACUCCCUGGGAGGCAGAGCCUGUGGAGGAGGAGUCGGGAGCCAUGGGGGAUGCAAACGCAGAGAACCUGUACAUCAUUGGUAUGGAGUUGUUUGAGGAGGCCCUUCAGAAGUGGGAGCAGGCCCUGAACAUCCGGCACCACACCCACUCCAAUGCCUCCAAAGCCAGUACCAGCCUAGCCCUGGAGGGGGCAGCGGCCUGCCCCAACCUGCCCACGGUAUGCCACAGAACUAUCGCACUUUCAACGUCUGAAUCGCGUAACAAGGUCUUUGCCGAGAAGCUGGAGACCCUCCUGCACAGGGCCUACCACCUACAGGAGGACUUUGGCGCCACUAUUCCCCCAGAUAGCCUGCUGGCAGACUUUGAGAGUGAGGGAACACUCAUCCUGCCAAACUUGGAGAGUAGAAUGCGUGAAGACGAUGCCACUACAAUCACUUCUGACGAUUCCUUCUUCUCAGCAGCAGAAUUGUUUGACAACCUAUCUCUGGAGGUGUGUCAGCCUCUGAGGCCCGCUGCUCUUUACGACGAGGCUGUGUCACUGGUCCAGAGCGGCAGCGUGCCCUGUCGAGAGCUCCGAACUGAGCUGCUAGAAUGCUACGGUGACCAAGACUUCCUAGCCAAGCUCCACUGUGUGAGACAAGCCUUCCAGGUUUUGUUGUUGGACGAAACUCACCGGACGUUCUUCAUGGAGACCGGCAAGCAGAUGAUCACAGGACUCAUGACCAAGGCAAACAAGAGUCCCAAAGCCUUCCUGGAAACCUAUGAGGACAUGCUUCUCUACACCCAGAGAGAGGAGACCUGGCCAGUCAGCAGGAUGGAACUGGAGGGGCGAGGGCUGGGCCAUAUUCAUUGCAAACCAAACAGACUGAUACAGGUGGUGGUUAUGAACUUCUUUGACAUCGUGCUGGACUUCAUCCUGAUGGAUGCCUUUGAUGACCUGGAGAGCCCACCCUCGUCCGUUGUGGCCGUGCUCAGGAACCGUUGGCUCUCUGACAGCUUCAAGGAGACGGCCCUGGCUACUGCGUGCUGGUCCGUUCUGAAGGCCAAGCGGCGUCUGUUGAUGGUUCCAGACGGCUUCAUCUCCCACUUCUACGCCAUAUCAGAACAAGUCAGCCCCGUCCUGGCCUUUGGCUUCCUGGGGCCCCGACAGCACCUCAGUGAGGUGUGCACCAUCUUCAAGCAACAAAUAGUGCAGUACCUGAAAGAUAUGUUUGACCACGACAAGGUGCGCUUCACCUCGGCCCAGUCGUUAGCUGAGGACAUCCUGAGCCUGUCCCACCGCCGCAGUGACAUCCUGCUGGGCUACCUUGGCAUUGACAGCCUGCUGGAGCCCAAUGGAGCCCUACCCCAAGGAGACAUAGAACCGGGCCCCAGCCCCUCCAACCACCACUGAGACAUGGGUAGUGUUCAUUUGGGAUGUUAUGAAACAGGGAGGUAGUAUAUGAAUUUGUCCAAUAAGAACAUUGAUUUUCAUUUUCAGUUAGAAAGUGGUUUGCUACUGUGGCACAAUGAAUAUGACCCUGUAUCUGACUUAGCUGAGCUGGAAUGGACUGGGUUGUUAAAAGCCGGACUUAAAGAGCAAGAUUUAGGAGGGUUGUUAAUUCACAAGCUUGAACUGCAGCAUCACCCAGUCAGUCGGUGGUUCUACACCCUAAACAUAACAGCCACCAAAUCGAACAGAACCCGACUUGUAUUGGUCCUUACGUGAAAGAGGGAUGUUUUUGUUCUAGCUCUCCUCGUACAUUUUAUCAUCUGAGUUGAAUCUGGAGUUGUUUAUCAGUCAAUACCUAGUUAUCCCUUUUUCCAAAUGUGUGAUGAACCAACAACCAUCCGGCAAGAAAAUGUUUGUUGUGUCUAUGUAAUGGAUGUAUAGUAAGUGUGUUCUCUGAGGCAGGGGAUCCGAACCGAUCCCCUCCCCCCAAUUUGAAGGCGUGCCCUGGGACGUGAUGUUGCAGGACUCGUUGCUUCCGUCUCCUCUAUCCAUUGAUCAUCCAUUUCAUUUAUCGUAUUUAUUCCAAUAGUGUUAGGUGCCGCAUUGAUGAAAAAAAAAGCACCUAUUCAUUCAAGAGAAUGUGUAAUACAAAUGUCUAAUACUGUACAUAAGGUCAGGCAGGGCAUUGGACAGUCAUUAACUUGUAUGUACAGAAAAAGUGCACAGAUAUUCCUUCCUCUUGUCCUCAUACUUAAAAUGGUCAGUAUCGAGGUACUGUGGGGGUAAAAAAAAGAUGCCAAGCAGGGGCAUACCACCCCAGAAAUCCUAAUAAUAUACUGUAGCAUAUACCUCGGUGACGUGUGACAAUGCAGGCUGAAUUUAGGUUACGCUUGGAGAACAGGAAAUACACUACCUUUCAAUAGUUUGGGGUCACUUAGUAAUGUCCUUGUUUUUGAAAGACAAGCACUUUUUUUGUUUCCAUUAAAAUAACAUCAAAUUGAUCAGAAAUACAGUGUAGACAUUUAAUGUUGUAAAUGACUAAUAGCUGGAAUCGGCUGGUUUUUAUUGGAAUAUCUACAUAAGCGUACAGACGCCCAUUCUCAGCAACCAUCACUCCUGUGUUCCAAUGGCACGUUAGCUAAUCCAAGUGUAUUAUUUUAAAAGGCUAAUUGAUCAUUAAACAACCCUUUUGCAAUGAUGUUAGCACAGCUGAAAACUGUUGUUCUGAUUUAAAGAAGGAAUUAAACUGGCCUUCUUUAGACUAGUUGAAUAUCUGGAGCAUCAGCAGUUGUGGGUUCGAUUACAGGCUCAACAGUGAAGAGCCGACUCCGGGAUGCUGGCCUUCUAGGCAAAGUUCCUCUGUCCAGUGUCUUGUUCUUUUGCCCAUCUUUUCUUUUUAUUGGCCAGUCUAAGAUAUGGCUUUUUGUUUGCCACUGCCUAGAAGGCCAGCAUCCCGGAGUUGCCUCUUCGUUGUUGAUGUUGAGACUGGUGUUUUGCGGGUAAUAUUUAAUGAAGCUGCCAGAUGAGGACUUGUGCGGUGUCUGUUUCUCAAACUAGACACUAAUGUACUUGUCCUCUUGCUCAGUUGUGCACCGGGGACUCCCACUCCGCUUUCUAUUCUGGUUAGAGCCAGUUUGCGCUGUUCUGUGACAGGAGUAGUACACAGCUCUGUCUGAGAUCUUCAGUUUCUUGGCAAUUUCUCGAUUGGAAUAGCCUUCAUUUCUCAGAACAAGAAUAGGCUGACGAGUUUCAGAAUAAAGGUCUUUGUUUCUGGCCAUUUUGAGCCGGUAAUCAAACCCACAAAUGCUCCAGAUACUGAACUAGUCUAAAGAAGGCCAGUUUUAUUGCUUCUUUAAUCAGAACAGUUUUCAGCUGUGCUAACAUAAUUGCUAAAGUUUUUUCUAAUGACCAAUUAGCCUUUUAAAAUGAUAAACUUGGAUUGCCAUUCGAUUGCCAUUGAAACACAGGAGUGAUGGUUGCUGAUAAUGGGCCUCUGUAGAUAUUCCAUUAAAAGUCAGCUGUUUCCAGCUACAAUAUUCAUUUACAACAUUAACAAUGUCUACACUGUAUUUCUGAUCAAAUGUAUGUUAUUUUAAUGGACAAAAACGAUUUAUUUCAAAAAUAAGGACAUUUCUAAGUGGCCCUAAACUUUUGAAUGGUGGUGUAGGAUAUCAUGAACUGCUUUGCCAGUUCUGAUGAUUGUUGUUGAGUUGUGUGUGUGAGUAUACGAUCGAGUGAAAUUCUUAUUGUCUGUAAUCACGCUUUUUGUCUGUAAAAAAAACAAACAGUGAUACCGGUAUUUACCGCACCUAACGGAGCAGGAUGAGAUUUUUUUUAAAAUACAUUUCCGCUGUUUUUGAGUAAAGCAUUGUUUCUGAAUAGCACUUCCCACUAAUAUUCCCACAUGCCCUCAACAAAAGACAGGAGCGAUACUACCUUACAUGUUUGAAUUCACAGCUACCUUGUACUGAGCUCUCACACAUUUUGUUGAAAUGGGGAUUGUCAAUGUACAUUCAAAUGUUGUGGUAUAGUAUGCGGUUAUUGUGAUCUUGAUAUAAGAGUUCAGUAUAUUGUAGCUGUGUAUUCAGAAUCGGCUUUAGGGCUGUCUUGUUAGCCUGAAAUCCAUAUACAAAAGUAUGUGGACACACCUUCAAAUUAGUGGAUUUGGCUAUUUUAACCACACUCGUUGCUAACCGGUGUAUAAAAUCGAGCACACAGCCAUGCAAUCUCCAUGGACAAAAAUUGGCAGUAGAAUGGCCCAUAAGGAAGAGCUCUGUGACUUUCAAUGAGGCACUGUACUAGGAUGCCACCUUUUCAACAAGUCAGUUUGUCAGAUUUCUGGCCUGCUCGAGCUGCCCUUGUCAACUGUAACUGAUGUUAUUGUGGAGUGGAAAUGUCUAGGAGCAACAACUGCUCAGCCGAGAAGUAGUAGGCCACACAAGCCCACAGAAUGGGUCCGGCGAGUGCUAAAGUGUGUAGAAAUAGUCAGUCCUCGGUUGGAAUGAGAUGUUCAAGCAUGUAGUGUAUAUUGGUGAAGUGAAACGAUGAUGAAACGGAACAUAUCACUUUGGAUUCCAGGCUUCCAAUUGGCUCAUUCAUCCCCCCUCUUCUUCCCCAGAUCUUUGAUGUAAAUGAGAAUAUGGUCUCGGUCCACUUACCUGGUAAAAGAAGGGUUAAAUAAAAAUCGAAGUCUAACUUAAUACCUAUUACUGUUUAUGGAGCUUUUCUAGUAACCAGUAGAGUUUAAACUUUCUUUUUUUUGGCACAUGAAAGAUCCUUCCUUUGCAGUAUAUUGGAAAAAAUACAUUAACGCUCUUAACCCUUUAUUUUGUUAAUCAAUAGUUGGAUAGGUCAUUGGUAGGUCUAGUUUUAAAAUGUUCUUGCGCCAUGAAAUGUACUGAUGUUAUUGGAUAUAUUUAACAUGAGUAAAUGACAGCAAGGUUGAGGCUUUUUCCCUAGAAAUGGCAUUAUUGAAUACCCAUUCUAAGACUGGCAGACAUUGUGCCAGACGACGUAUUAGAUUGAAUUCUUGGUUUUUGUACAUGUGAUUUGUUGGUCUAAUUUGGGCAAACUAUCUCGCAGACCUACAUUUGAUUCAGAUAUUUCUAUUGUGUUACUCGAAUCAAUUGAGUGACAAAUGAAAACUGCCCUGCCUAUUUUGGGAUCUCCUAGGCUCCAAUUACUAUGAAAAGUAUAUGAAUUGAUCAAUACGUAUCGCAUCCCAAUGGGAGAUUAAUGUAAUAGUUAUGCGUUACUGCUCGGAUACCCAAAUGGUGGCCUUUGGGUUGUGAGAUUAGUUUACUUUUCCUUCUCGGUUAAACCAACAAUAGAUCUAUAUGUAGUAUCAGAAUUGCACUAUCCUCAACAGCCUUUGCAUGUGGACUCUUGUCAUACCUGUACUGCUUUUUGCAUCUUGUUAAUGUGUCCCAUCAGUCAGCAUAGUGUUGGAUUGCAUUAGAUGCCCUGUGACUUCCUUUUUAAUGAACAAUUAAUCUUAAUUACCAGUAAUUGUGGUAUCAAAACUAGGAAAAUGUCAAUGCAGAUUUAGUGAAUGAUUAACUGCUUAAUACUGUUUACUCUGUACUGUAUGGAUUAUACUUCAAAAUUCAGCUGUAGGAACUCUUAUGUAAGCUGAUGAGACAGGCCAGUUAACUCUUUGCUUAUUCAAUCUUUUAAGUCUGCAUUAUGUGACAUUAGUAGGUUUAUGAUUUCAAAAUGGCCAAAGAGGAGGAAAAACUUCUUACUCAGUUAAGUAUGAUGAAAUUACUUGUUGUACACUACAAGUGUCCUAUUCAUGCCUUUUGUGUCUUUUUAUUGUUGUGAAAUUACAAUGCCAGCACAAACUGAAAGUUUUAGAAUCUGCAUAUUUUUUUCUUAUUAAAAUAUCUUUCAAUUAGACUUUUCCCUAUCAAAUAAAUUGUGACUGUCUUUGGCUUUUGGCAUUGCAUCACCUAAGAGAGA